CUAACCACCCCCAUCUCCGCCUCUCCCCGCCGCCAAAGCGCCUUCUCCGCCUCCCCCCGCGCAUCCGCGGACUCUCCGCCGACGGCCCCCGCCGCGUCCGCUUCCGCCGACACGAUCCCGCUGCUCACGCCGUACCAGAUGGGGCCGUUUUCCCUCUCGAACCGCGUCGUGUACGCGCCUUUGACGCGGUGCCGCGCGCUGGGCUUCGUUCCGCAACCCGCGGCGGCCACCUAUUACGCGCAGCGCACGGUGCCGGGGCAGCUGCUGAUUACGGAAGCCACGGCGGUUGCGCAGGAAGGAAUCGGGUACCCGAACGUGCCGGGGAUUUACUCGCGCGAGCAGGUGGAGGCAUGGAAGCCGAUCGUGAAGGCGGUGAAGGACAAGGGCGGCGUGUUCUUCUGCCAGAUCUGGCACGGCGGCAGGGCGUCGCACCAGGACUACCAACCAGGCGGCGCCCUCCCCAUCGCACCGUCCGCCAUCCCCAUCACAUCGGGCGACAAGGUGUACACACACACGGGCGCGCACGACUACCCCACUCCGCGCGCCAUGUCUGAGGCGGAUAUUCGCGCAGCUGUCCAGCAGUUCCGCGUGGCGGCGCGCAACGCCAUGGAAGCGGGGUUCGACGGCGUGGAAUUGCAUGGAGCUAACGGGUACCUCAUUGAACAGUUCCUCAAGGACAGCAGCAACAAGCGCACCGACCGGUAUGGGGGGUCCAUCCCCAACCGCGCACGCUUCCUGGUCGAAGUCGCAUCCGCCGUAGCCGAAGAGAUCGGGCCGCUGCGCGUGGGAGUGCGGCUGUCACCAUUCUCAGCGGCGCUGUCAGCAGUAGACUCGGCCCCCGUGGCCACGUUUGUGCAUGCCACGCAGUGCCUCAACGACCUGGGGCUGCUGUACCUUCAACUCAUGGAGGCCCGGCUGGAUCGAGAGGGGGAGGCUAUUAAUGAUGGGGAGUCCCUAGAGCCGUUUCGCCGGGCCUUCAGCAACACGCUCAUCAAAGCAGGCGGACACACACGCGAGUCUGGAAACAUUGCCAUUGCCAGCGGUGCAGCUGACUUGGUGGCAUACGGCCGCACGUUCCUGGCCAAUCCCGACCUGCCACGUCGCUUUGCCCUGAAUGCUCCACUGAAUCCUUAUGAUAGGGAAACCUUCUACACCCCUGACCAAGCCAAGGGUCGGAGCGACUCGUCCACUUCCCCUGGGGCUCAUUCCGCCACCGCUUUCCGCCCCCCUUCCGCGCACACGUGCCUGCGCGCUGACCUUUCCGCGUCCGGCUCCGCCGUCGACUCCGCCACCAAAGUCCGCCUUCCGCCCGGGGAGGCCGCGGCGCUGCGGAGAAACCUUCCGCCGAUCCCCGGACUGGCGGAAAGCCUGCGCGGCGGCGGAGUUGGGGGGCAUGCGGGGGAGGGGGAGGGGGAGGGGGAUGGCGCGCGGAUGGCGUGGCAGGUCCGCGGAGGUGCAGGCUUUAGCGCGGAGUUCGAGGAGAUGCGGCGGCGGCGGUACGCGCAGCGGCUGGCGCAGGAAGCGGAAGGCGCGGGGAACUCGCAGGCGGACGCGCGGGGGAUACUAGCGAGCGUGCGGGAGCCGAGCGAACCUGGCGCAGCGGCAGCUAGUAAUAGGGAAGAGAAUGUGGCAAUUUAUGUAGACGCAGGGGACUCAGGGUCAGCGUCAGAGGCGCUUCGCAAAGAUGAGAGCAGCGUGGGUUACGGCGUGGGGCACGGCGUAGGGCGCGGCGCAGCGCACGGGGAGAGAGUUAGAAGCGCGAGUGGAGGGGCCGAUUGGGGAGCGGCGGAAAGGGGAAGGGGAGACUGGGGGAAUGGGGGUGAAGCGCCUGGCGUGGCGGAAAGACGGGGACGGGGGGGAGUUAGAAGCGGGGGCGAUGAGAUGGGGAGAUAUGAGUGGAAUAGAGAAGCAGGGAGGAGAGAAGAUGGGAGCAGAGAAGAGGGGACGAGAGAUGAUUGGUGUAGAGAAGAGGGGAGAAGAGCUCCUGGAUUGAGAGAGGAGGGUAAUCGGUUUGGUGCGGUUGAGACGUCUGGCAAUGGUGGAAGGGAGGGUAUAGACGUUGAAAUACGCAGGGGAGGAGGGAACGGCCGCGGGGGUUUGCUGAUAGGCGGAGGACAGGCGGAGGGAAUGGGACGAGAAACGUCAAGGAAAACGAGUGGAAGCAAGAGAAUAGGAAGGAAGGGAGGGGUUGAAGGGCGGGUGAUCAGGGGAGAGGGAUUGGAUAAGGGUGGGGGGCCUCCAUCCGCUUCCAGCCACUCAUAUUCCAUUACCCUGUUCCUUUACCCCUCCCCUGUCUCUCCUCUUUCCCUCGUCUUUCCGUCCGCCUUCCCUCCUCACGCUUCCCUUUUCUUCCACCCGUUCCCUGUCCCCCCCUCCUUCCCCUUCAACCCCUCCUCCCCCUCCCCCCCCUCACCUGUACAGGUGGAGUUCCAGUUGCCUCUCUCAGUCCCUCCCCACCUCCCUCACGAUGAACCCGCCACACCCUCUCUCGCCCACCCUCCCUCCCGCGCUCCAGCAUCCCCCUCUCCUCCCGCUCCCCUCUUCCCACGAGACCCCUCCCCAGCCCAUCCGCUCCACCACCCCCCUCGCUCCCCCAUACCACACGCCGUCACAGAGCCACGCUCACUCUCCCGCCCUCAGUCCCGGCACACCUCCCCCCUGCGCUCCUCCUCUCCCCGCCUUCCCCCCAGCAUGUCUCUCCCUGAUGUGCCCAUCCCCGCGGCUCUCUCUGAUUGGGCAGCGCAAGCAGCUCAUGAGCGUCCCGUUACAGAUCUAUUUAUCGACCCCUUGCCCCCCAACUCCUCCCUUUCCUCCCCGUCGCCAGAUUCCCCCCGCUCCCCUCGCUCCCCCCGCUCACCCCAUUCCCCCCGCUCUCCUCACUACGCACACGCCCCGUACUCCCCCCCUCCACCUCACUCCCUACGCCCUCUGCAUUCCCCACAUUCCCAGCACUCCCCUGGAUCCUCUCCCUCUUCACCUGUUACCCACCGGUCCCUAGGCUUUGAUAGCAAAAGAAGCACAGCAAGCGGUGAGACGUUCUCACAGGACUUUAAACGGUACCAGCAGCAGCGAUCCAAGAAUGCUUCUGAGGCGCCUCUAAAGUCAACACCUGGCCUCCCUUCAUUUUCCAGUGUCAUGUCUGCUUCUAGUGGCGAGACGUUCUCACAGGACUUUAAACGGUACCAGCAGCAGCGAUCCAAGAACAAGGAGCAGGGAUGGGGGUUGGAGGCUGAGGGGAUGGGUGAGGAUGGGGAUGGGGUGGAAGGCGGGGGGGAGAGAGAGGGGAGGGGUGUGAAAGGAGGUGGAGAAGGAGAAGAUGGUGAGUGGAGUGAGGAGGAUGAUCUUGUGGGAGGUGUGCCCCUCUCUCUAAUGAAGGCUCGUGGAGUGUCGUUGCCUUGUGUGCGCGCACCUAAGUACCCCAUACCCCGGCUGCGCACCCUAGCAGAAAAGCUCCGCCUACCCCCCGCCGCGCUGCCAUGGGCGCUGCUAUCCCUCGCCGCCGUCGUGCUCAUGCUCCUCGGGUCGCUCUGGACUUCCCAGCAGACCUCCGCGCGGCACGAGCAGAUCGUGUCGCAGCUGCUCCGGGAAAAAGAGGCUCUUAAGCUUAAUUUUGACGAGGUUAUCACCAAGAAGUCGCACGGCCAGGCGGAAUUGGACGGGCUUCGGCAGCAGGUGGCGAAUCUAACGGAGGAGGUGGGGAAGAAAACAAAGGAAGCGGCGGAGCUUGCGGCUAAGGCGCAGCAACUAGCGUCCGAUCUAGACAAAGCUAAGAAGGACACGAGCGCGGUAGACGGAUUAAAAAAGGACAUGGAGGAACAGAAGAAGAAGCUUACGGAAGAGCAGCAGGCAGCGGCGGCGAGAGCAGCUAAGGCAGAGGAGGAAGCGAAGAAAUGCCGAGAGGAAGCAGCAGCGAAGGAGAAGAAAUACGUGACGGACGUACGCGAAGGGAAGGCUGCUCCGCCAGGAGCGGAAGAAAUCGCAGAUCUGCUAGAUCUAUCCGUGAACCUCACGCAGCGGGUGCUGAAGCUGGAAGGCGAAGCGACCGCGGAGAAGUUCGAGACGGAGACGAGAAUACGGACGUUGCUAGAGCAGUCGGUCGGGAGCACCGCGGCGUAUCCGGAGGCGCUGCGGCAGGAUUUAAAGACGACGCGCGACGCGUGCGUUCGCGCGGGGUACGCGUCGACGGAAUUAAAACGAACCGUGGCCGAUCUGUCGAUAUACAAGCACAAACAGAACGUCGCAGCCGCGGCUGCUGCGGCGGGGAAGACGGCGGGGGCAGCGGCGGCGGAAGGGGAGGAAGAGCCCGCAGGGCCACUGGCUGUCUGUCGCUCAGCGCGGUGCAAGGCGACAGACGAGGAGCUAAGUCGGUUUAUGAACUACACGGAGAAGGAGGUUUGCCCGGACGACUGGCAUUUCGUCCAGGAGUUAAUUUUCGACCGCAGCUGCCAUUCCCUGCCGCGGCGCCGCUGCUUCGCGGCGAAUUUCACGGGGUUCGAGGACCCGGUGCCGUUCCCGAACGCCCUGUGGAACGAGAGUGCGCUCAUGGAUACCAACGUCAACUGGGAGCACCAUUCCUGCAAGUCGUUUGCAUGCUUGAAAUCCGGUCCGGGGCAGGUGAAUGACUGUAAGGACUGUUUUAAUCUUGAUGUGGAGAAGACGAGGUGGAAGGGCGGGAUCAGGGGGACUAUUUCCAUGGAAGAAGUUUUCCAUCUGACCAACAACACGCUCCGCAUCGGGCUGGACAUUGGCGGCGGCUCGGGCAGUUUUGCUGCCCGGAUGCAGGAAUUCAACUGCACGGUGCUGACCACGGGGAAGAACUGGGCCAGUCCCAAGGAGAAAAACUCCACAGAGCCUACGGGGGUGCCGUAUAUGGAAGCAGUGGCAGCGCGGGGGCUCGUGCCGCUGUAUCUGCCGUUCUCGGCGCGGUUACCGUUCUAUGACAACACGAUUGAUGUGAUCCACACGGGCACGAGCAUCAACGACGUGGAUUUCGAGGAGUUUGAGGAGAUGUUUUACGACUGGGACCGUGUGUUGAGGCCGGGCGGGGUCAUCUGGUUCGACCUGUUUUACUCCCAGGUGCGCAAGAUGCCGCUGUACAUGGAGAUAGUGGACAUGUUUAAGUACGACCAGCUACACCGUGCUGUAACGCCGUCUCUGGGUGCUGCUGGCCUCUAUGUGCACAUGAGCUUUGUGCUGCAGAAGCCACGCCAGAGAGAUUUCACCCUUCCCCCUCCUGAACCGUUUGAGUGA